AUGAGCGCCCCUAUGGAGAUCUCCUUCUCCGCGCCCCCACCCCCUCCGGAUGCCGCGUGUGCCACCACCGCUGCCCCGUUGCUGGCACCUGCCGCCGCCCAGGUGCUGCCCCCUGUCGCCGCGGUCUCCUCCUCGCCGCCGCCGCAGCAGCAGGCGGCUGUGGCUGCGGCCGUGGUUGCUCCUUCCCCGGCCGACGACAAGGUCCUCGUGUCAGUUGAGGUACUGUUGCACGCAGCGAGCGCGGCUCGCCACGAGGACGUCCAGGUGGCGGUCGAGAGGAUGCUAGAAGCUCGAUGCUUAAGCUAUGUUGAUGGGCCUGUGCCAAUUCCUGCUGAUAAUUCUUUUCUUCUUGAAAAUGUCAAAAGGAUACGAAUAUGUGACACUGACGAGUGGGCUGAGAAUCGCAAAGUUCUCUUAUUUUGGCAAGUUAAGCCUGUUGUGCAUGUGUUCCAGCUGAGUGAAGAUGGUCCUGGUGAGGAACCAAGCGAGGAUGAUACACUCUCUAGCUUUAACGAGUGGGCCUUACCUGCCAAAGAAUUUGAUGGUUUGUGGGAAAGUUUACUAUAUGAAGUUGGUCUCAAGCAGAGGUUGCUGAGAUAUGCUGCCAGUGCUUUGCUUUUUACUGAAAGAGGUGUGGAUACAUGUCUGGUUUCAUGGAACCGGUAUUCUAUGUGUCAAUUGAUUGAAGUGAAUGCUCAUUCGUUGUUCAGCAAGUGGUUUUCUGAAAGUGGAAAAUUGGUUGCCAAACUUUUCCAAAAGAUCCAGGAGAUGGUGGAGGAAGAAGGCAACCUGGUAUUUGUAUUGAUAGAUGAAGUUGAAAGCCUUGCUGCCGCCAGACAAGCUGCCAUAUCUGGCUCUGAACCUUCAGACUCCAUUAGAGUUGUGAAUGCGCUGCUAACACAAAUGGACAAACUGAAGUCUUGGCCAAAUGUUAUCAUUUUGACAACAUCAAAUAUCACUACAGCAAUAGAUAUUGCAUUUGUUGACAGGGCAGACAUUAAGGCAUAUGUCGGACCCCCUAUGCUUCAAGCACGAUACGAGAUCUUGAGGUCAUGCAUACAAGAACUCUUAAGAGUUGGCAUUCUUACAUAUCCUCAGGGUAGUAGUGUGCCAUGUAUUCUGAACUAUUCGACCCUGGAGGAGAAGAAGCACUGUCCUGAGGCUACAGAACCCUAUGGUGCGUUUCAGUUAUCCAGUCUACUCUAUGAAGCCGCAAAACUGUGUGAGGGACUUAGUGGCCGUUCAUUGAGGAAACUCCCUUUCCUGGCACAUGCCUCUGUCACCAACCCUUCAUGCUGCGAUGCUUCUACUUUCUUGCAUACAUUGAUAAAGACUGCGCAAAGAGAAGUCUUGGAGGCGCGUGGUUAG